CCGUACAUCGGUGACUAUCCUGCAGCCAUCAUCGCCGAAAUCGAAGACCAUCUCACAUUCCCAAAACUCAGUGGACGGCUAUGGGUACAUCGGUACAAUGAUCCAAAGUUCGGGCACAGGGAAGUCGCGAGCAAUGCAUGAAGUAGCAGCACAAAUAUUCACCAUUCCGAUAAAUAUCAGAGAGUCCAGUGGUGGAGCUCCAUAUCCGGACACAGACGCUGAGCUCCGUGACUUCUUGAUAUUUCCUGGCGGGGACCUGCAAAUUCGAUACUUGUGUUUCUUGUGCACCCUCUUCCAGAAGGUUCGGGAAGCAGUCAAGAGCCUAGUAGGAGACAAGAUUUCUGUACGGUAACAUCAUGAGGGAGGCUCGACGGUUGGAAGUCGAGGAUGUGCUUUCGAAGUCGCAUCCUUCCAGCAAAAAGCCGAGGCUUACACAACACACUAAGAAGGCUUACAG